AAUGAAUCCUAAUGAUGAACAGUAGAGAUUAUACUAAAUGUUCUAAUAAAUGGCAGGACCUGAUCCAUAUGGUAGAAUGCUUUAAGUGCCAAAUGCACCUUAUUAUCCUUGUUGGGGACCUCCUUUUCCUUAACCAAUGAUGGCACCACCUUCAAAUCAAAAAUAUCAAUUUCCUGAAUAGUUCGUCCAUGACUAGGCACUUUAAAUGAAUUCACUUCCACCUAAUUAAAGUGGAAUGAAUAUGAAUGGUAUUGCAUAAGGUUUGCAAAACAUGCCUCCCAUGCCUAUGGGUUUACCUCCAGGUUUUGGAAUGCCUCCAUUAGGGCCUGGAUAAAUGCCAUAAGGACCUAUGGGAUCUGGACCUAUGGGACCUCCACCAAUGGGUGGAAUGGGAGGAAUGGGUGGAAUGGGUGGAAUGGGAGGAAUGGGAGGAAUGAGUGCUAUGGGACCAGGUGGCAUGUAAUUACCUGGGAUGGGUCCAAUGCCAUAAGGACCUCUAGGUUAAAUGCCUCCUCCAUUUGAUUUUUAAUUCAAAUAACAGCCUCCUAUGCAAUAGCAGUUGAAUCAAAAUUAAUUAAUGCCUCCACAAUAGCAAUCAUUAUAAUAACAACACUAAGCUUAAUAAUAACACUAACCAUAAUAGCAGCAGUUAUAAUAAUAAUAAGCUCCUUAAUAAUAAUAAUUAUAACAAUCCUAAGGAUAAUCAACCUAAAAUAAUAAUAAUGCAGCUCAAUCAAAUUUGGAAUAAGGUAAUUUAUUUUUUAUAUAAAUAAAUAGGAUUUUCUUAGGUUGUCAAUGAAUUUUAACUUAAAAUCUUAAAUAUGUUUGUGAUGUAAAAUUAGAUGCUAUUGGAUUUCAAGAAUAAGAAUGCAAAUUUGGAAAAUACUAUUACAUAGAUAUUAGAUGAAAUAACUAAUCUAUAAAAAAUAGUUGAAUAGAAAUUUGAUAAUGGUUAAGCAGAUGAUUUUAUGAGUAGAUGUAUUAAAAAAAUAUUUAUUUUUAGAGUCAAUACCAAAUUAAGAAAUGACAUAAAACAAUAUUUUAUUGAAGUCUUUAUAAUAUAAUUAAAGUGAUUUCCAAUAUUAAUUAGUGUUGACAAAUGAUUUAGAAUAACCCUUAUUCAAAGACAAGAACUUUAAUUUAGAUAUUGCUCUCAAAGACAUGAAAGGAAUGAAUAUUAAGAAUCAUAAUAAAAUAGAAUUAGAAGUUCAAUUGUUUUCAUCAGAUGAUAAGCCUGUUCUUUUGAUUUAAAAUUCUUAAAACUAAUAAAUUUUAAGAUAACCUGAAGACAAUAUUUGGUUGGAAGAAGGAAUAUCAAAUAUAGAAAAACUAUAAAUAAAUGAAGUAACAUCACAUUAUUAGAACGGUUGGAUAUAUCUAAUUGUUUAUCCGAUUAAAAAUGAUACCAAGAUUGCAUAAGGUGAAAUUAAUCCAGCAUCAAUCAAACCAUUGAUAUAUAAGGUCAGUGUAAAAUCAAAGAAAACUUAAAAAAAGUAUAUUAGAUAUUAAAUUAGGUCGUCACGAUCAAGAUCAAGAUCUCAUGAAAGAUUACGUAGACUUGAAAAAUUGGAUAAUAAGUCAAGUUCAGAAUCUGAUAAUCACAUAUAAUUGGAAAUCAAGAAUCUUGAUGCUGAUGUUGAAAUGUAAUAGGAAAAUGAGAAUGAAAAUAAUGUAUAAUAGCAAGAACAAUUAGAAUAAGAAUAAUAAGAAGAAUAAUAAAAAGAAUAAUAAGUAUAAUAAGAAUAAGAAGUAUAAUAAUAAUAAGAAUAAGAAUAUCAAUAAACAUUACUAUAAUAAUAAGUAUUAGAAUAAUAAUAAGUAUAAUAAGAAUAAUAAUAAGAAUAAGUAUUAUUAUAAUAAUAAGUAUUAGAAUAAGUAUAAUAAUAAUAAUAAUAAUAAUAAUAAUAAGAAUAAUAAUAAUAAGAAUAAUAAUAAUAAUAAGAAUAAUAAUAAGAAUAAUAAUAAUAAGAAUAAGAAUAAUAAGAAUAAUAAUAAAAUGUAAAAGAUGAGGAACAUAAAAAUAAUGAAUCUAAACUUUGA